AAAAAAGAAAAAAAAAAGAAAAAAAGAAAAAGAAAAAAAAGAAUCGUAGUUGUAUCUUGUUCGUGGUGGGUGCGGGUGGUGCGAAAUCGAGGGCUUUUCCUCUCUCUUCUCUCUCUAAAUUUUCUGUCUCCGAUUGCCUGCAACAUUCUGAACAUGGAUCUCUAAGUUGAUAUCGUUUUACUGCGUUGAAUUGAGGCCCAAAGCUUUGCAGUUCCCGGGUAUGUUUUCCUUGAUUUUUGGUUAUUGGAUUUCGUGAGUUUCAGAAUUACCAGAUCUUGUUUACUGGUUUUGGUUAUUCCACCUUCUACUUGAGGUUUAGCUUUAAAGGAUCAGUAACUUUGAGGCUUUUCGUUUUGGAUCUCGAGUUUUUGUUGCCGUUUAGCUCUGACAUCGAGUUUAGGAAUUGUGAGAGGUGAAAUCUGAGCGAGUUUGCCGUCGAAUUUGUCUCAAUCUUUGGUGGGAUCAAGAGGAAUCGGUGAAGGGUUAGGGUUUUGGUCGAUGGCUUCGAAUCCUCCAUUUCACGUGGAGGAUCAGACGGAUGAGGAUUUCUUUGAUAAACUGGUUGAGGAUGAUAUGGAGCCCGUUAAGUCUGGCCAUGACGAAGGGAAUGAUUUCGAUGACGCUAAAGCAUUUGCAAAUUUGAGUAUCAGUGAUGUUGAUGCUACUGUGUUUGAGAAUUCAGAUACGGGUGAAAGUGGGAUUGAACUCAAAGGGGAAUUGGGUACUGUGAAAUCCGAUGUGGGUUUGGUUGCUGGACAUGAACAGGAGGGAGAUUCGUUGCUGUCCUCUAGUUCAGUUGGUUGUGAUGGUGAGAGGGAUCUCGGUAACAAUGGGAUGGAAUCGGAAUCCACGCCUGCUUCAGCUGUAAGCAAGAGCGAUAAAACCUCUAGUUCGGAGGUUAAGGAGGUGGAUUGGAAUUCUUUUUAUGCUGAUUCAAAUGGAGGCACUGGGUUUGGAUCUUAUUCUGACUUUUUCAGCGAGUUGGGAGAUCAAUCUGGAAAUUUUCCAGGGAAUGCAUAUGAUAAUUUAAAUAGUGAGGUGAACCCUGGUAACGAAGUUCGAAAUGAUGGCUUAACUACUUCAGUUAAUUACGUGCAAUAUCAAGAGGGUCAAGGUUAUGAUGCAUCUUUAGAAAAUCACACAAGCAGGCUAGGUGAUGAUUUAAAUACUUCGGUUAAUUAUGUGCAAUAUCAAGAGGGUCAAACUUAUGAUGCAUCUUCGGAAAAACAUGAAAAUGGACAAGAUUUGAGUAGUAGUCAGUAUUGGGAGGAUCUUUAUCCUGGCUGGAAGUAUGACCACAACACUGGGAAAUGGUAUCAAAUAGAUGGCUAUAAUGAAACAGCUGCUACUCAGCUAAGCUCGGAAGCCAAUACAGCUGUGGAUUGGACUGCUGCUUCUGGUGGAAAAACAGAGAUCUCUUAUCUACAGCAAACUACUCAGUCUGUUACUGGAACUUUAGCUGAAACUGGCACAACUGAAAGUGUAUCUAGCUGGAGUCAGGUUUCACAAGGGAAUAAUGGGUAUCCAGAACAUAUGGUUUUUGAUCAUCAGUAUCCUGGUUGGUAUUAUGACACAAUUGCCCAAAAAUGGGAGUCAUUGGAAACUUACAAUUCAACCAUUCAGUCUUCUGUUCAUGGACUUGAAAAUGGGCAUGCUUCUACCGGUACUGUUUCACCUAAUGAAAAUAUGUAUAGUGAGUAUAGCCAAGCUGGUAAUUAUGGAACACAGGGUGUUGUUAAUCAGGCUGUAGAUGGAAGCUGGAGUGGUUCGUAUGGUGUUAACCAUCAGCAGGGUUUUGACAUGUACACAAUUGAGACUGCUACUCAAAGAGGGGAUAAUAUAACUUCUGGUGGUAACCAGCAAAUUAAUCAUUCUUAUGGUUCAAGUAUUUCUGUGAACAAAGAUCAACAAAGUACUUAUAGAUCCUUUGGAUCAGUUGCAUUGUACAAUAAAGUAAACCAUGAUCAUGGUUUAGCUAAUGGAACUGUUGAAUCACAAAGCUUUGUCCCCGCUGGAAACACUGUUCAUCAGUUUAAUUAUUCAAACACAAAGUUUGAUGACCAACAAAAUUUUUCAAAUGAUUUUGCUGAAAAUCAGAAGUCCUUUAGUUAUUCCCAGCAAUCAAUCCAGGGUGGACAUCAAUAUUCAUAUGCCUCUCAUGUUGGAAGUUCAUCAGCUGGACGUCCUCCUCAUGCCCUGGUAACCUUUGGAUUUGGUGGAAAACUCAUCAUAAUGAAAGAUCCUAGUCUUUUGAGCUCAUCAUAUGGAAGCCAGGAUUCUGUACAAGGUUCUGUUUCUGUGUUGAACUUGAUGGAAGUUGUCAAGGGAAGCACCGAUUCUUCUAGCAUUGGAAAUGGUACUGGUGAUUAUUUUCGUGCUCUGUGCCAGCAAUCUUUCCCAGGUCCAUUGGUCGGCGGGAAUGUUGGAAAUAAAGAGCUAUACAAAUGGUUAGAUGAGAGGAUUGCGUGCUGCGAAUCACAUGAUAUGGAUUAUAAGAAAGGUGAAAGGUUGAGACUCCUUCUGUCCUUGCUUAAAAUAGCUUGUCAACAUUAUGGAAAACUACGUUCUCCUUUUGGUACAGACAACACACGAAAAGAAAAUGAUACUCCUGAGUCAGUUGUUGCAAAACUUUUUGCAUCUGCCAAGAUGAGUGGCACAGAGUUCAGUCAGUAUGGGAAGCCGAGCCAUUGCUUGCAAAAUUUGCCUUCUGAAGCACAAAUGGGGGCAAUGGCUUCUGAGGUACAAAAUCUUCUUGUCUCUGGCAAAAAGAAGGAGGCUUUACAAUGUGCACAAGAAGGACAAUUGUGGGGACCUGCACUUGUUCUUGCUUCACAACUUGGUGAUCAGUUCUAUGUUGAUACGGUGAAGCAAAUGGCGAUUCACCAGCUGGUUGCAGGGUCACCUCUGCGCACAUUAUGCCUUCUAAUUGCUGGGCAACCAGCUGAAGUAUUCGCCACUGAUACCUCAAGUAGUGGGCAUCCUGGUGAUUUUAAUAUGCCUCUGCAGUCUGCACAGGUUGGAUCUAAUGGUAUGCUUGAUGAUUGGGAGGAGAAUCUGGCUGUAAUAACUGCAAACCAAACCAAAGGUGAUGAACUUGUAAUUAUUCACCUUGGUGAUUGCUUGUGGAAGGAAAGAAGUGAGAUUACUGCUGCACACAUCUGCUAUUUAGUUGCUGAAGCAAACUUUGAGUCAUACUCAGACAGUGCAAGACUCUGUCUGAUAGGAGCAGAUCACUGGAAAUUUCCUCGAACUUAUGCUAGUCCAGAGGCUAUCCAGAGAACCGAGUUAUAUGAAUAUUCGAAGGUGCUUGGAAAUUCUCAGUUUAUUUUGCAUCCAUUUCAACCAUAUAAGCUUAUUUAUGCAUAUAUGCUGGCUGAAGUGGGAAAGGUUUCAGACUCAUUGAAGUACUGCCAAGCAAUACUGAAAUCCUUGAAAACUGGCCGUGCUCCAGAAGUAGAAAUGUGGAAACAAUUGGUAUUAUCUCUUGAUGAGAGGAUUAGAACUCACCAACAGGGUGGAUAUGCUGCAAAUUUGGCUCCUGCAAAAUUAGUUGGCAAAUUGCUCAACUUUUUUGAUAGCACUGCACAUCGAGUUGUUGGUGGUUUACCACCACCUGCUCCAUUAUCAUCACAAGGAACUGUUCAUGCAAGUGAACAACAGUACCAGCAAAUGGCACCCAGAGUAUCCACUAGCCAAUCGACGAUGGCCAUGUCAACGUUAGUUCCAUCUGCUUCAAGUGAGUGGACAGCUGACAAUAAUAGAAUGGCAAAGCCUAAUAGAAGUGUUUCAGAGCCAGAUAUUGGUAGAAGCCCAAGACAGGAAACAACCUCCCCUGAUGCACAAGGAAAAGCACAGGUCUCAGGGGCUGCAUCUCGCUUUUCUCGUUUUGGUUUUGGCUCACAACUCUUUCAAAAGACUGUGGGGCUAGUCUUGAGACCUCGUGCUGCUGGUCGUCAGGCUAAAUUGGGUGAGAAAAACAAGUUUUAUUAUGAUGAAAAGCUGAAGAGAUGGGUAGAGGAAGGUGCUGAACUUCCAGCUGAAGAAGCUGCACUGCCACCACCUCCAACAAUUGCUGCUUUCCAGAAUGGUUCAAACGAGUACAACUUGAAAUCUGCAUUGAAGACUGAAGGUUCACCUCCUAAUGAGGGCUCUAACAUAAGAAAUUCAAGUCCUGAACUUUCUCCAGGGAUGCCACCGAUACCACCUAGCUCAAAUCAAUUCUCUGCUCGUGGACGCAUGAGUGUUCGGUCAAGGUAUGUUGACACCUUCAACCAAGGUGGUGGAAGCUCUGCAAAUUUGUUUCAGUCCCCUUCUGUUCCAGCUGUGAAACCUGUUCUUGCUGCCAACGCAAAGUUUUUUAUUCCUGCUCCUGCACCAUCAUCAAAUGAGCAGACAAUGGAGGCUAUAGCAGAAAGCAACCAAGAAGAUAGUGCAGCUAAUGAAGAUCCUUCAACAUCUGCCACGAAUGAUUGGUCAUUCCAAUCCCCCAAACAUGUAUCGUCAACGGCCAUACAAAGGUUUCCAAGUCUGGGUAACAUGUCAAAACAGGGAGCUACGGGUGGCAGUAACUCUCAAUUUUCUCAUUCACGUCGAGCAGCAUCAUGGAGUGGGAGUUUUAAUGAUUCAUUUAGUCCUCCAAAAAUGGGUGAAAUUAAGCCUCGAGGGGAAGCUUUGGGCAUGUCACCACCGUCAACAUAUAUGCCUGAUCAGUCUUCUGUAAUGCGUACAUCUACGAAAAGUAGCAGUUUUGGAGAAGAUCUUCAAGAGGUUGAACUUUGAGCAGAUAUACUCAAGCUGUAAAUAUCAAAUUUUUGUUUUUGAUCAUCAGAAUAGUUGGGACGUCCCUGCUUCUGCAUUUCUCAGGAAGCACGGAAUAGUUGGAGUUCAUACAGAAACAAAAGAUGUAUAUCUCACUCUCCCCUCCCCCCUUUUUAUUCUCUUUCUGUAUUAUUAAAGUUCCCAACUCCCGACCUGGUGUUGUAUGAUUAAAAUGUGGUCGGUUCACUUGAUAGUAGGUAUUGUUUAAUUUUAAAUGCCAAGAGAGUUUGACACUGGCCACCAUCUCAGGAUUAUGGAACUGGUGUCUUUUAGCAAGGGAUAGGACCACCUGCUUCGGUGAGUAGUACAACUCAUUUGUUCAUUUUAUUAAACAAGAAAACAUUUAUAUAUGCCCCGCGAGGAAAAAAUAUGCCCUCAAUAGAUCAAAGACAAAAUAACAGUGA